AUGAAGACAUUCCGCUUCGCUUUGCUUGCCCUCUUUACCACCGCGGCAUGGGGUUCACUGCUUGAAAAAAAGCAAUUCGAAUGCCCCACACCGUCUUUCUCCCCUAGAAGUAUUGCAGAAGUGCGCUACGCUUUUCAAUCCCACGGGUUGACUCCAGCCCACCUCCCAGCCAUCCACCCCACAAUCGAGCUGCGAGUGAAGUAUGGGGACAAGCUUGAGACCCUGGGGAAUGAAUUCGCCGCCAUACAAACCCUCCGAAGCCCGGAAAUCUCCUUUGAUCCCGAACCACGCUACGACCCCGCAACGACAAAAUACACUUAUAUCCAAGUCGACCCCGACACCCCUGGCCCAGCCUUGCCGGUUCGGCGUAAAUUCCUGCACCAUCUUGUCUACGACCUUCAGCCGUCCUGCAUAACCACGCAGGCACCCGUCACUCAGGUAGAUUACCAGUCCCUUCUGCCACUCUCAUUCACCCCACAUCGGUACAUGUCGCUGCUCUACCGUCAACCAGAAAACUACACCCCGCCUCCCGUGGGUACAGGAGACUCGGUUGUAAGGGUACCGUUUGAUUUGGCGGCGUACGUCGCGCAGGGCGGGCUGCAACUCGUGGCCGGGAACUUCAAUAGGGUGGCGCUCGGAAGGACCGUUUGCGACGUGGAUCCUGUGUGCUAA